AUGGAAAUGUAUAAGAAUACAAUGAUUUUUAUUAGUCAUUUUGUUGAAUCUAUAAAUAUCUUAAUCAUGGAAUGCUGAAAGCAAGAUGCAAAAAUAAAGUCAAAGUUUUCUGCAGAUGUGUGGAACCUCCCAGCUUCUCUUGCGAAAUCCAUAUCUAUAAGCAUUUUAAAGUUGCUUCUAUUAAAGAACACAAGUUUGAACACUUUAAAUUAA